ACGAAAAAAAAUCACAUGACCUGUCGAUGGCAAAUAUCAUUACAUUUUGAUUUUUCGAAGCGUUUGCGAUCGUAAAAAGGGAAUCGACGUGGGUGCUUCGUAACAAUGAAUCUAAGAGGAAAAUAGCAGCUUAACUAUACCAUACUGCUAUCUAGAUUCCAAGGUUCGUUACGAUCUAGUACAUUAGAAAAAUAAUUGGACAACGCACACAAAUGGUAUGACAAACACAGCUGCUUUAAAUGGGUGACAAACAACAAAUGAUACUUGUGUAGGUAUUGCGUUAAUUUUCAACUUUGUAGUUUGUAACGCUAGAUAAGGAUAAUAUCCUCCAUUUACGACAAUCUUAUGAUUUAUGUUUAGUUGUUCCGAGCUCUCAGUAUAGUGUGGAUGUGUGUGUCUUUUUAUUUUAUAGAUCACCCACGCGGAUUUGUGUUAUGAUGGAUACGAUUUGUGGAAUAUUUCAUACCAUCUCAGACACAAUAGGCAUACAAUGGGCGCCUCUCCAUCUGCCCAUGUCACGCCGUCUGCAGACGCUGGGCGCCACGACCUGGAUACUGCUCGUGCUGUUCGGAGAGGCGGCGGCCAUUUUGUUGUUCAUACAACUUAUAUACUCCCAGUUUUGGUGGCUGACGCUGUUGUAUGGCAUUUGGUUGCUUAACGACCUCGAUGUUUGCCAUAGAGGUGGACGAAAAAUAGAAUGGGUUCGGAACUGGCCCUGGUGGAACUACUACCGGGACUAUUUUCCCUUGAAACUCGUUAAAAAACAGGACCUUGAUCCAUCGAAAAACUACCUCUUCGCCUGCUUUCCUCACGGCGUCGUUUGCGCGGGAGCCUUCGGUGCCUUUGCCACCAAUGCUUUAAACUUCUAUAAGGUAUUUCCAGGAAUGACUUGCCACAUGAUAACAUUAGCGGGACAUUUUAGAGUGCCAUUUUUCCGGGACUUGGUCCUAGCUUUGGGAAGCUGUGCGUCGUCACAAGAAAGUCUGCUACAUCUGCUGGAUAAGAAGAAACAUCAAGGGAAAUGUGUGGCUCUGAUCGUUGGAGGCGCUGCCGAGGCUUUAGACUCGCAUCCUGGUGAAUAUAAAGUUAUCCUGAGCCGGAGGAAAGGUUUUAUACGAGUUGCUAUGAAAUCUGGAGCUCCUUUGGUACCAGUCUUCUCGUUCGGCGAACCAGACGUGUUCCGACCGCCGAACAACCCUCAGGACAGUUUGCUUCGGAAGUGUCAGGAAAAGGUGCGCCAACUGACCGGCAUAUCACCAAUGUUCCCGAUCGGACGAGGCAUCUUCCAGUACUCUAUUGGGGUAGUGCCUUUAAGGUCACCCGUUACUACUGUUGUCGGCGAACCGAUGGAAAUAGAGAAGAAUUUGGAACCAACGGACGCUGAAGUGGACGCACUUCACGAACAGUUCACUCAAAAACUUGUUGCAUUGUUUGAGGCUGAAAAAAGUAAAUAUCUAAAGAACCAUGAAAAAGUCAAGCUAGUUAUUACGUAGUAUGUUUGAAUAAAACAUAAUCGAUUGUUGAUCAACAUGUACUGUUAGACUAUUAGAAAUAGGUAUGCCAUACAAAUCUUUAGGUGAGAGAAUAGGUCUUUAG